GAGACGUUAAGCCUGUUUAAACAACUUUGAGCGGGUUUUUCAGUCCAGGGGAGCUGUUUCAAAACGUGAAUCCAAUAUCUGUCAGGAAGAUUUCAGACACUGCUUCUAUGCUGUCUCUGCUCUGGUCUUUCCUCCUCUCCCUCCUCAGGACAGAAGGAGCAGUUUCAGAUUCUUUGUUUGUAACGAAGAAUAAAAGCACUGAUAUAGCUCCUCUUGGGAACAAUGUGACCCUGAAAUGUAACUUGACGAUCCCAGCAGAUGUUCUGCAGAUUACCUGGCAAAAGGUCCAAGGGUCCAUACCAAAAAACAUAGGCACCUACAGCAGCCAGUAUGGUGGAAAAAUUUUCCCGCCGUACGAUGAAAGGAUCCACCACAGCAGUGCAGAAUUGACAUCAUCAAGCAUGACUAUAUAUAAUGUGACCUUGGAGGAUGAUGCAUGUUACAAAUGUCUCUUUAAUGUUUUUCCAGAUGGUAUCCAUGGAGGACAAAUGUGCUUCAGUGUACAAAAUGUGUCUGAAUUAAGAAUUGAGUGUCAUCCUCGUCCCGAUGAGGGAAUCCUUAUAGCCAUCUGCUCAGCUACAGGAAAACCUGCCCCUCACAUCAACUUUUCCCAUGAAAGCCUGCUGAUGGAAUCGCCUAAGGAACACAUUGAUGAGAACCCAGAUGGCAUAGCUAAUGUCACCAAAUGGUAUAACAUCUCACUGGAGGCUAUGAGGUCCUUGAAACUUUGGAAUGUAUCCUGUGACAUGGAUCACCCCCUAAAGAAGAUAAAAAAACAUGUUUGUUUUCCCCAGGAAUCAAAACCCAUUUCCUAUUACUCAUCAUUGAGGGUACAUAAAUACCUGAUGGCAUCUCUCUUGAUGUGUCCAUUGACCUUCAUUAUCUGUUUUCUAAUCUUCAAAAUAAAAAGAAAAGCAUGUGAGUAAUGAAACUCAUAAGAAAAGAAGACAAAUGAGUAAAUAAUCUUGAAAAGAAACAGCAUAAUGAAUAAUUAUUUUGCAGUGAUGGGAAGUAAGUCAGAAAAAACUAUGAAAAAGAAAGCAUGACAAUAAAUUCUAUAGGAUCUCAAGAAGUAAUGGAAUAACAGAGAGAAACUGCAGAACACUUAAAGGAAGUAUGAAAAAUAAGAAAUUUAGGAAAAAAUAAGUAAGAUAAACAAUAGAGUAGAAAUUUUAGAAUACAUGAUGGAAUAUCUCUCCAAAAGGAUGCUCUGAAAAAAGAGAAUAACAUAUUUGGAACUCAAAAAUAGAAAACUGAAAGAACAUUUUCAAAAAUAACCAUAAAAUAAGCAAUAUUGGAAAAAAUACUUUAGUUAUGUGCAAACCAAAACUACUGACCUUGAAGUUGGGAUAUUCAGAAAUAAUUUAAAGACUGUAACAAUCAUGAGGGGAAAACUGACAAAUUUGAAAACCCAAGAUCACUACAGCAGGAAAUAGUGAAGUAAAGUGGUCCCAAACAUAGUAAAACUAGAGGGCAAAGCGCAUAUUGGAAGACUCUAAGAUCACUGAUAAGGCAGCUAGGUUGUGCAGUGGAUAGAGAGCAGGGAUUGGAGUCAGGAAACCGUGAAUUCAAAUCCGGCU